AUGUACGACCAUCUGAACGACGCGUCGCAGGCCUCUACACGGCAGCUGGGCGGUUAUAUUACACUUCUCCAGUGUUGGAUAUACGAGCACUUUCCUACAGUGCAUACAUCCGUCGUUCAUGAUGCUUAUGAUGAGGGGAGCCCACGGGCCUGCAGGUGGCUUAUGGGUAAGGCUCAUAUGACGGGGAUCAAGGGAGCCCCGUAUCGAAGACGUUUGGAUGCCCUGACUGUGAUUGACGUGUGUUGGAUGCCCUAUGGUGAGCACCGGGGAGUCAGGGCCUUUGACUUGAUAUCAUCGUUCACCCGCCAGCUCAGAUGGGGUCAGAUUGUGGUGUACGUUCGACUUGAGCGGGUUCUUCGACAGUUUGGCUACCUUCAGACGGUCCCUCCGCCGCCGGUUUGUGAUUCUUUGAUGGGUGAUGAUAUAGAUGACCGAUGGCUGCAUUUUUCAGACCAUUUGGUGCCUUCAGGGGAGCUUUGUGUAGUUCCUGGACACUACAUGGAGUGGUUUUUUCAGAUAUCGCACCCAUUUGUCACGUGGAUCGAGGAGACUAUUGCACCGAGACACCCAUUUGUUUCAGUCGCGACCGAUCUCCCUACGCAUUCAGUGGUUCACUGCGAAGGAUGUCAGGGGAUGGCUCAGGAUUUAGGAGCGAUUGCUGAGGAUUUGGAGCGGGUCAUCAACCUCAGGAUGGUCACUGAGGGCACUGACUUACAUGACAUCAUGACUCGUUGUCUGAGGAGAGCUAGAGGUGACGCCGCAGAUGGAAGUCUUAGGCCGCGCCAGAGACGCCGCAUAGAUUAUGACUUAUAUUUUUAUUGUACUUAA